GUCUCGUUUUUGUGUUAUUGAAAUCGAUAUUGUAAAACAUUACAAAAACUCGGAAACUCAUGAAUUUUAUUUAAUAAACUGAUCCAAAGGUAUUGUAAAAUUAUUUAGAUUGCUUUUUAUAGAUUGAGUCUAUAACAUAACCUCAAAGUUCGGUUGAUUUUUGUGAACAUGGACAGCAAUCCUGGUUAUUCCGGCCAAAUGGACGAAGAGGAACUAACCCAAAAAUUCUUAAGGGGUGAAAUAACUUUUGCCGAGUAUUCAAACGAAUGGUAUGGUAAAGAUGACGAGGACUUGGAUGAUAAAGCAGAUGACGAUGAACCAUGCCCCAUUCCUGCACAGUUAAAAGAAAAAUUCAACAGCAAAAGGCGUAGUAAAUACACGCGACUGUCAACAGCACUGCUGGGAUUGAUGGGUGAAGCAAACAUAAGGUUUGUCAGAGGGGAAAAAGAAAUAGCUGAAAAAAUGUGCUAUGAAAUUAUUAGGCAGGUUCCAAAUGCACCAGAACCUUACCAGACACUAGCUCAGAUAUAUGAGGGUGAUGCUGAAAAACACCUACAAUUUUCACUCCUUGCUGCCCACUUGAGUCCGAGUGAUGCUCAUGAAUGGCAGAGGCUUGCUGCUAUAUCUAAGGAAAAAAAUGAUGCAAAACAAGAAAUGUUAUGUUACUCACAAGCUGUAAAGGCAGAACCACAAAAUAUUGAUUUACACAUGAAAAGACUUGAAUUGCUCACUGCCUUGGAAAACAUUAAUUACCCACUAAACACACUAAAAGUUACAAGAGUGAAAUGUUAUCACAAAAUAGUAACUUCCCUGCCCCCAUCAGAAGGAGAAACUAUUAUGAAAUAUGCUAAAUUAGCUGCGUCUUUAUACCACAGUGGAAAUGAAAUAGAGAGAGCCCUAGAAGUAAUGGCAGCUGCUUACAAAAAAUGUUCAUCCCUUUUUACUCUGGAGGACACUAACUUAUUUUUAGAGCUUUUAAUAGCCAGGAGACAGUACCAGACAUGUAUAGAAGUAUUUGUAGCCAAUGCUGAAGUAGAGAUUGAAGCUGAAAUACAGACUCUUCGUGAUGACAACAAUAUUGUAGAACAAACAAGCUACUUAAACUGCAGGAUACCAACUAACUUACCUAUAGAUUUGAAAAGUAAACUGUUGGUAUGUUUUAUUUAUCUGAAAGCCUUCAAUUUAGUACGAACUUUGCUAGAUGACUUCUUAACUAAUGAUGUAGAGAAAGCCGGUGAUCUGUACAUGGAUAUAGAAGAAGCAUUAUCAGCUGUUGGCAAUCAUGAACUUGCAUUUAGAGUGCUAGAGCCACUUGUCAAAAACCAAAGCUUUGACCUCGGAGCAGUUUGGCUAAAGCAUGCUGAGUGCUUGUAUCAGCUGGGGAGAGAAGACGAUGCUGUCAACUCUUACUUCAAUGUUUUGAAGCACGCCCCACACCAUGCUGAUGCAAGACAGAAACUAUUCAAUAUACUGGAGAGAAAAAACUGUAUUGAUGAUGCCUUGAGGAUUUUAAAUCAGGAUUAUAAACUAACUGUCUCUGCUGGUCUACUCCACCAACAGUGUCUUAUCCUGAAAAAAUAUAACAGAACAUUAGAGUAUUUGGACGUGGGGGUGAUGCUGCUGUAUAAAACAUUUGUUAAAUUCCGAAGACCAGAAGAAUUUAAAUUUGCACGCUACUCAAGGUCACCACUGGAACUUAUUCACAAUUACAGAAUUUCUCGAGGGGAAAAACCAUUCAAUGAUGAUAUUCACUUUGAUGAACAGGAAACAUUCAAAUUGUCACCCCAGGAAGAAUGGGAAUUAUUCAAGGAACUGCUUAGUAUUGCUAGGAAAUAUGGAAAAUAUCAUGUCAUGGAAAAGCUAUCAUUUGGAGCACUUAUGUCAAAGUCCUUAGCACCGCACCAACAAGAAAUAGAGUUCCUAUGUUUUCAGGCAUGCUUAUUGAACCAAGAUUACAGCAAUGCACUUAUUUUGGUUAAGGAUUUUGCACAAAAGUAUGCCAACAUAGUGUGUUGGAACAUGCUGAACCUCAUCAGCAACUUGUCGGAUGACCACAUCCAGUCCAAGUACCUCACGCGCUUGUUUAACAAGAAACCCCACAUUAUCAAAAAUCUAUUGAUUGGCUACACUUACCUAACAUCUGGGCGUUAUUUGAUGGCUAUGAAAUAUUUCUUGGAGUACAAUGAACACCGUAAAGACGCGCUCUCGGCUCUGACUGUUGCUGUCACAUUUCUGAACAUGGUGUCCGUACGAACGAUAGACAAACACCACAACUUGGUACUACAAGCGAUGGCGUAUCUGUUAAAGUACCAACAACUAAGAAAGUGUGACCAAGAGACCUUUUAUAAUUUGGGGAGAGCCUUCCACAUGCUGAGCCUCAACAAUCUAGCUAUUGAAUAUUAUGAGAAAGUAUUAGCUUGUGAACCACUACCGGCGUGCAAGCAGCAUGGCGUCAUGAACCUCACUCGCGAGGCGGCCUACAAUCUCUGCGUGUUGUACAAAGACCACUCUCCCAAAGUGGCCCAAAGUAUAAUGUUGAAGUACCUGGUUAUAUAAAUAAAGCUACAUUCAUACAUAUUUACCAGU